AGUGAAUUUGGGGGAUGCAGCUGUAGCGAAGCAUGCACAUGCAGGAGACACCGGACAGCCUUUUGUCUUUAAAUGAUCUGGUUCGGUUCAGUAUAUGUAAAUAGAGGCGACAUAAAGGUUAUUAAAAAAACAAAACACACACAGCAGGUUAAAAGGCGGGACUUCCUUCCGGCUGUUUAUCUCGGUUGUGCAGCGCAAGGCGAGCCAGUGCAGGAUCAGAUAACAAGGUUUUCUCGUCAUGCUGGGCUGCUUGCUUCGAGGAGGCUGCAGUCCUCUCAUCUGCCUGUGGGCCCCGCUGCUGCUGCCGUCGCUUGUCUCCCUCCACCGCCUGGACCAACAUGGCAGUAGGAGCCACGGUGUGAGGGAGCAGCCCAAGCUGCUGCUCGUGUCCUUCGAUGGCUUUCGCUGGGAUUACAUCUACAGGGUCCCGACGCCUAACUUCCACAGCAUCAUGGAUGACGGCGUGAAGGUGGAGAAUGUGGAGAACGCCUACAUCACCAAAACCUUCCCCAACCAUUACAGCUUGGUGACGGGGCUGUAUGCCGAGACGCAUGGCAUCGUGGCCAACGAGAUGUACGACCCCACCACGAACCGGUCCUUCUCCAUGGAGACGGACAGUAUUUAUGAGUCACAGUGGUGGGAGGAGGCGGUGCCUCUCUGGGUGACCGUCCAGAAAGCCGGAGGGCGGAGUGGGGCAGCGAUGUGGCCGGGGUCAGAUGUGAAGAUCCACGGCAUGUUCCCCAAUCAGUACCUCCAGUACAACGCCUCAGUGUCCUUUGAGAGCAGAGUGGAGCGGAUUAUCGAGUGGUUCUCUGCGCCCAAAGAAGAAGCAGUGGAUUUUGGAGUUCUGUACUGGGAGGAGCCGGAUGAAAGUGGGCACAUCCUCGGACCGCAGAACAACCUUAUGGAUAAAAUCAUCGCCGGGAUUGAUGAGAAACUCGGAUUCCUCAUGAAUGAGUUGAAGAAGGCAGGGCUGUAUGAGAAAGUGAACCUGAUAGUGACCAGUGACCACGGGAUGGCGCAGCUUUCCCGGGAUAAGAUCAUAGAGCUGGACGAGUACGUGAGCAGAGACCUGUACACCUGGGUGGACAAGAGUCCCGUGGUGGGGAUACUGCCCAAAGAAGGGAAGCUCGAGGAGGUGUAUAGUAAACUGGUGGAUGCAAACCCCAACAUGGUGGUGUACAAGAAGGAAGACAUUCCCGAGCACUUCCACUAUCAACACAACAUCAGGAUCAUGCCAAUCCUCAUUGAGUCCAAGGAGGGCUGGACCAUCACGCAGAACAGUAGCGAACACCUCAUGCUCGGAAAUCACGGCUAUGACAACAGGUUACGCAGCAUGCAGCCUGUGUUCGUGGCCCGCGGGCCGGCCUUUCGGCAGAAUUACAUCAAGACCUCGAUGCGCUCUGUCGACCUUUACCCUCUCAUGUGCCACAUCCUGUCCAUCCACCCUCUACCGAACAACGGCUCCCUCUCUAACGUUCAGGACCUGCUGUCCGUAGAGCCGACGCCAUCCCCGCCCACCACCGUCGCUCCCAGAGUCAGCGGAUACUCCUACGCCCCCGUGGUGGGUUCUCUCCUCGGCAUCGUGAUGGUGCUGGGUUUUCUGGUGGUCUACAUCAGACAAGUGACGCUCAAACAGCUGCCCUCACUAAAACACAGAAGCAGGGAGAUGUCGCAGCCCUUACUGCAAGAGGACUUGCACCUGUAGCUGAAGAAACCGAACGUAAAAGAAGAGGAGGUAUUGCUCCCCAAGGUAGUCCGCUCUGUCCAGAAGCAUCCCCUCACGCCUCCCUUUUACCACUAAACGCCACUGUGCUGCUUUUUAUUAUCAUUUGGAGAUCAAAGGAAUCUAAGCUAGUCGUGUACAGAGGUACAUCUCCAGAGUGUAAGGGGAAUGUCUGGGGUUUGCUUCUGGUGCAGGCUUAAUCAAGAUAAUAAACCUUUACAUGGGCUUUAUAGUGGCUUUGCUUUGGUUGUGAAUUUUACUUAAUAUCAUCUCGUCAUUUUCAUCAUCACAAGUAAAAACGCAAAGCUAAGAGUGGAACUUUAACCUGUGAUUCUGGGAACCUUUGUUGGCCAAAACCAAGACUUUGGCAACAUGAAGGUGUCAGUAUGCUCAAAACGAACUUGAUUAUCUAAAGGUAAAAGAACAGACACAGGGGACUGCAGAGUGAAAAGCCUUAACUGAAGCAUAAAUGCUCACACAGACAAUCUUUCUUCGAUGGCAUUCAUAGGGUUGCACUCCUUUUCACAUAAGGGAGAAAAGUAAUGAAGUGUGAAGAAUAUUAAAAGAUAGCUGGAGGGAGAAAAUCAAACUCUGCUUACAACAAGCCUAAAAACAAGCCUAGUUGGCAGUUCAGCAUGCUUAGAUUCAGCCAAAAUGUUAGAAAGCAAGGCCAUUUUAACAAAACUUAAUCCGUCAAUUCACAUGAUGAGCAUCGAAUGAAGAAGGUAUCAAACGAAGUUCUCAGUUGUCUUUGGUAUCACUUUAAGAGAACUGGUUUUGGUACUGCUGUGUCACUUUUUAGACGAGCUAUAGGAGGGAGGGGAUUUAAGCUGCUGUUCAGCGAUACAAAAAGCAAUUUGUUUGAAGCAUACGGACACCUUUACUCCCUGACAGUAACAGCUGAUUGACGGCAGCAGAUUUAGAUUAGUUGGCAUUUUAAAAUCUACGCAAAACUGAUUUGUUUAUGUCACAAUGUAAAGAUGGAACUAAGUCCAGUUUUUGCCACCAAUUGUUCUGCUUAGGAUUUAUUUGAAAUAAAAAUGCUGUGAUUAAUCAAAGAAGUAUUCAGCUACAGUCCCAGGAGGUCGGCUGGGGUCAGUGUUGUUUUCGAAUGUGACUUGGGUGCAGAUGUUCCACUAAAGACUCACUCAGUGUGCCAGGCUCCUGUCGUCACUCAUCCCAGGAGCCGAUCACAUGACGACCUCGCUCUUUAGCAGUCAGUUACCAUUUGCCUUUUAACUUCAUGGAGAACGUCUCUCUGAAAGUGUGCAAUUGUGUGUGGGUCUGUUUUUAUUUUUGUAGAGUUUGUGUUCGGAGGGCAUUUUUUUCUGUAUAGAUGACCGUGUCCCGCCCUCCUGUUCAUAACCAUGGCCAUUUGUUGGUGAAAUGUGAAGUGCAAUUGCUAUUGGUCAGUAUUUCGUCUUAGGAAUUUUAAGGGUUUUGUUGUUGUUUGGUUGAGAAGACUAUUUCGGCAUGACUUGCAAGAACUGUUCCCCUGAUUUGCACUACAGGAUUGAAACGAAACAGAACGACGGGGGCAGUAGUUUGAUGCUUUUUAGGUCAUGUAUAAUUUGCACUUCCUGUUAGUAGUCGCUAUUUAAAAUAAUAAUAAAAAGUUAGGUGCCUCUUGCCAAAAAGCUUUUUAAUUAGCAUAAUCAUAGAAAGUAGAAUCCAAAUCUGCAAAUUAAUAAUUCUAAUAUUUUUUCAGCAUCUUUUAAAAAACAAUUGGUUCAAUUUUCUCCUUUUGCUUUUAGAUGCAUUGACUAAUAAUACGUGUGCCCAAAAACAAUGACAGACAUCACUGUGAUAUAUACUUUUUACAAAAAUUAAAUUCUUAAAUUGAGAGAAUUUAUAUGGAAAUUGUUAAUUUUCUGAUGAUUGUCUUGCUUUAUGAAGAAGUGUUGUCUGAUGAUUUUCCCCUGACUUGUUGACGGAAAAGUGAAAUAAAUCCAGAAUAUAUUUAAAUAAUUGAUAUGAAAUUGUUAGAUAAGAUAAAAUAUUAGAUCAGGUUUACCUCUGAUAAUUACAUGGAUUUGAAAUAUGGAUAUUGAUUAUGAUUUACAAAUUAUCUAUCUUUGCCAUGUUGAUGCAACUAAAGAGUCUUCUGAAAUUAAAGGGACUUAUGUGAAACUGA